UCCGUUUAGUACCGCUCUAGACCACAGAGCUCCACUCUAGACAUUGUCGCUUGCGCUGCGAUCGUGAGUACACGAGUUUUAGUUCGCGUAGAAACGAUACGAUAUUUUACGCGCGUGAUAUUCAAUAAUACAAUUUAAAAAAAAACCUUGUUCAAAACGGGAUUGUUUAUUUGUUUAUAUCUUCAAAUUAUAAUAGAAUCGCUAAAAUGAACGCAAUGGAGAUGAAGAUGUCAGAAGUGAGCAUGCACCAUCAUGACCAUGACCAUGACCACGACCACGGUGACGGAUGCAUGUCGUCACACGCCAUGACGUUCCACGUUGGCGUAUGUCAGGAGAUCCUUUUCAAUGGCUGGAAGACGACGACAGGGUUGGAACUCUUCGGGUCCGCAGUGGCCAUCUUCCUCGCCGGGGUCCUGUACGAAGGCCUCAAGUACUACAGAGAGGCCCUACACACUAGAGCAACUACAGCAACUGGGGACUCACAAGUUAAUAUUACUAAAAAUGAAUGCGGCAACCAAGGGUCUUGUGGUGGUACUGCGGUUGUCAAAUACUCAAUGCUGUCGAGUGGUCACAUAAUACAGACAUUGCUCCACAUCGUUCAAUCUACUGCAUCCUACGUCCUGAUGUUAGUGUUCAUGACAUACAAUGUUUGGCUUUGUCUCGCGCUAGUACUGGGCUUGGCUGUUGGAUACUUCUUCUUCGGCUGGAGGAAGGCGACCGUCGUAGACGUUACAGAACAUUGUCAAUGAUUUGAUUGUAAGGACUGGAUUAAUCUAUAGGGAAAUUACAUAUUUUUAACUAAUUUUUAAUUAAAAUCAAGAAAAUAUUUUUGUAAAAGGCCAACAACGCAUCUUUAGUUCCUCUGGUGUCGCGGACGUUCUUGGACGUCGUUGUUUACUGCGUUGCUUGUUUACCUCCUCUCUUAUAAAAAAAACUGUUGCGGCAGUACGAAUUGAAGUUGAAUAUAAACCUCUGUUUAGUUUGAUCCAGUCCUAUUCCAAAAUAAUAACAGUAUUUUGAAAUUAAUUUACGUUAUAAAUUGACCAACUUAUCUGUGCGUGGCGCCACUGUUGACAAUACUGAUUAUUUUAUCGACAGUGGCGCCACACAAUUUGUGGACGUUAUAGCAUAAUGUUGCCAGUUGUUCGAAUUUUCACUGCAUUCCAGAUAAAUUGGUCAAAAUACUAAGUUAUGACUUACAGUUGUUUGAAAUAAUGCAUUGUAUAAGCCAUAUAUAGUACAUAUAUAUUGAUUAUAAACUUGCCAGUUAA